GCACACAGACAUACCUGAAGACAAACAAGCCAAGCAAUGUUGACACUCAAUUCAAUUGGGAAUGGAAGGCAGAGCCCUUGAAUGAUGCCCUCAAUGGAAUGGGAUCGUCUACUGCAAACAAGCUUCUCGAGCAGAAAGCAACCACUGUUGAUGCUAGUGACUACCUGUGGUACAUGACUAGUGUGAACAUUGAUAAUUCUUUCGGUAAAAAGGCAAUCCUGCAUGUGAAUACAACAGGACAUGUACUUCAUGCUUAUGUCAACAAGAAAAGGAUAGGAUCUGACUGGAGUAGUGAUGGAAAAGGUUUCGUGUUUGAGAAACCAGUCACAUUGAAGGAAGGCAUUAAUCAUUUAUCUUUAUUGAGUGCUACAGUUGGAUAUAAGAAUUACGGUUCAUUUUAUGAUAUGGUACCCAAUGGAAUAGUUGGUGGUCCAGUUCAGUUGAUCGGAAAUGGUAAUGUUACUAAGGACCUAUCAUCAAAUGAAUGGUCCUAUAAGAUUGGUUUGAAUGGUGAGCAUGAGAAAUUCUACGAUGAUAAACUGUCCCAAAACCAAAUAUGGUCCUUAGAAGCGCUUCCCUUGAAGAAGCCCAUGACGUGGUAUAAGACCACCUUCAAGGCUCCUUCAGGUAGUGAUCCUGUGGUGGUAGAUUUGUUGGGUAUGGGUAAGGGACAUGCCUGGGCGAACGGACAAGGCAUUGGAAGAUUCUGGCCAACCAUGAUUGCGAAAGCCCCCCAGGGUACUGAAUGCUCUGAUACAUGCGACUACCGUGGACAAUUCCAUGAUACAAAUUGCAUGCCUGACUGUGGCCUUCCUUCUCAAAGAUGGUACCAUGUCCCACGAUCAUUCUUGAAUAACGGGGAUAAUACAUUGAUCUUGUUCGAAGAAAUGGGUGGCAACCCCACACAAAUUAAUUUCAAGACAGUCACGGUAGGAAAGGUAUGUGGGAACGCAUUGGAGGGGAGCAUCUUAGAACUCUCAUGCAAAGGUAGCAAAAUCUCUGAUGUCGAAUUUGCGACCUUCGGUGAUCACCAAGGUAAAUGUGGAUCGUUCAAGAAAGGUAGCAGCGAUGCUCCGGACACUCUGUCCGUAUUGCUGAAAGCGUGCUUAGGAAAGGUGUCUUGUUCGAUAAAUGUUUCAGCAGCGACCUUUGGAUUGAGCAGCUCUAACUCAGCCACCACCCCCAAGAGGUUGGCUGUGCAAGCUGUUUGCUAGAGAGAGAUAUUUUAGCCCAAUUACUCUCACCCUCCUUUUUUGAGAAUCAGCAAUGUUAAGACUAUUUUCUCUGGCCAUGAUGAUAUAUUGAAAUGUUUUCAAAGCUAUUUGAAUGUUCAGAGGGAUUCUAAAAUUUUCAUGAGCCUAUUGCAUGUCCACAUAAAUUUUGUUCAUGAUGUUCCUUA